UAUCAGCCACACCUACAUGUACAUGUGAACAUCACAGUACUGCACUAAUAGCGCUCAAAGAACAGAACGUUUCUCUCUUUCUCUCUCUUUCUCUUUAUUACUCGUACUGAAUAUGUCGGCUGAGACUAUCCUUGAGAAGGCUAAGCUUGCUGAGCAGGCUGAGCGAUACAAAGACAUGGCUAGGGAAAUGAAGCAAUAUGUCGAAAUGGAGGCAGAUUUUACAUCUGAAUCAAGAAACUUGUUGUCUGUGGCCUACAAGAAUGUAGUCGGUGCCCACCGUAGUGCUUGGAGGGUGGUCUCCAGCAUUGAGAGCAGGCAAUCUGAUGACCAAAAACGUGAAGGUAUCAAAUCUUAUCGGGAGGAAAUCGAGAAAGAUCUUAAUGAUGUCUGUAGCGAAGUUCUUCAUCUGCUUGAUGAUUUCCUCAUCAAAAAAGAUGCAACAAAAGAGGAUGCAGAGUCCAAGGUGUUCUACCUCAAGAUGAAGGGUGACUACCAUCGUUAUAUUGCCGAAGUUGCAGUCGAGUCUGCGAAGGACGAUGCCAAAACAAAAGCUGAAGCUGCAUAUGAAGAUGCUACAAAGGAAGCCAAUGACAAAAUGCCAUCCACCCACCCCAUUCGACUUGGUCUGGCUCUUAACCACUCUGUAUUCCACUUUGAAAUCAUGAACAAACGUGAAAAAGCCUGUGAGCUUGCCAAAACGGCAUUUGAUGAUGCUAUUGCUGAGUUGGACAAUCUGAAGGAGGACUCUUACAAAGACAGCACUCUCAUCAUGCAGCUCCUUAGGGACAACCUCACCUUAUGGACAUCAGAUACUUCAAACGAAGGAGAAGAGGCACAAGACUAGAAGUCCCUGCUACUAUUAUUGCACAUGCAUAAAUUAUUAUGUUGAGAUUCUUUAGAGUGUAUAGACAAACUAGUUCUUAUAACGUUUUGUAAUCAAAGUUGACUGAGUGUAUUAAUUAUAUACAAGUUGUUGUG